CAAUGUAGAGAUCAGCAGCGGUGGCUGUGGCGGUGGAGCGGGCUCUGGCUCGCAGGGAGGGUUCUAUCAGCGAGGAUUGUACUAGAGUCCAGGGCCGGGGAGGGGGGAGGCUGCACCUAUCUGUCUGCAUACUAAAUCUCCUUGGCCUGGAAUAGAGGGGGAUCCUGGGAGCUGAGGACUGCUGAUGCCGGGCAUGGGGGAUCCACACUAACAUCCAGGGCUCAGGGAUCCAAUGCCCAGUGUGGUCAGGAGGAGUCUAGCUCUACGGAUUCCGCGUCAUUUUGCCUGGGAGGAGAGCUGACUUUCCAUGCACCGGGGACUUCCUUUCCCUCAGCCAUGCAGGAGUCUCCUAAGCUGGAUGUCUGCCUUGUGAAGUGGGAUCAGCCGCUGCCGGUGUCUCUGAUGAGUGCGUCUGGACAACAGCCUGCGAUUGGCACCCUCUGCCCUGCUACGCACGCCACCUUGUAAGGCUGCUCGGAAUAAUACAGAAAAGACGUCGCCCCCUAACCCCCCCGCUCUGGUCUGAUCUUGGAUCAUGGCUUCAGUAUGGAAGAGGCUGCAGCGUGUGGGCAAACAUGCCUCCAAGUUUCAGUUUGUGGCGUCUUACCAGGAGCUGAUGGUGGAAUGCACUAAGAAAUGGCAGCCAGACAAAUUGGUUGUGGUGUGGACAAGAAGGAGCCGAAGGAAAUCUUCUAAGGCACACAGCUGGCAGCCUGGAAUAAAGAACCCAUACAGAGGGGUAGUUGUGUGGCCUGUUCCUGAGAAUGUGGAAAUCACUGUGACCCUCUUUAAGGACCCACAUGCAGAAGAGUUUGAAGACAAAGAAUGGACAUUUGUAAUAGAAAAUGAAUCAACUUCUGGUCGUCGAAAAGCCCUCGCUACCAGCAACAUUAACAUGAAGCAAUACGCAAGCCCCAUGCCUACCCAAACGGAUGUCAAGCUGAAAUUCAAACCCCUGUCAAAAAAAGUUGUGUCAGCCACUCUGCAGUUCUCACUUUCUUGUAUUUUUCUAAGAGAAGGCAAAGCUACUGAUGAAGAUAUGCAAAGCCUCGCCAGUUUGAUGAGCAUGAAGCAAGCGGACAUAGGAAACCUGGAUGAUUUUGAAGAAGACAAUGAAGAUGAUGAAGAGAACAGAGUUAACCAGGAGGAGAAGACUGCUAAAAUUACAGAAAUUGUAAACCAAUUGAAUGCCUUGAGCAACUUACAUGAAGAUCAGGAUGACUGCAUAAAGCGAGCUCACAUGCCUUCAGCUAAACCCUCCAGUCCCAGUGAAGAACUUAUAAACAAGUUGAAUUUUCUGGAUGAAGAGGAGCAAGACUUGAACACUGGCACAAAUCCUUUUGAAAGUUCUGAUGUUGCAGACCUGAAUCCAUUUGGAGAUCCAGAUGCUGAAGAACCAUCAGUUGUAAAACCCAGUUUGAAAGAUGAAGCAUCGUUUGAUGACUACAACCCAUUCAAAGACCCUGAACCCACAGUAUAUCCCAACCCAUUUGAUGAGCCAGACCCAGGGCCUGACCUGACGAUUGAACUUCACAAACAAUCCUCACCACAACCAGCAAAAAGGAAGAAUGCCAGACCUGUGGAUAUGACCAAAUACCUCUACGCUAACAAAGCCAGACAGGAAGAGGAUGAACUUGAUGAGUCAAACCCAUUUUAUGAGCCAAAAGAUAGUCCGGAAGUAAGCCGGAGCAGAGCUGUGAUGGAUUCUGAGAUGGAGAAGAAAAUGAAAAGGAAAGCCCCAGCUCCACCUACACCUGUACCAAAGAAGGAAGAGUCAGUUGGCGUUCCCCUUUCUGUUCCCCUAGGGAAGGACUUCUCUUCUUCUCCAAAGCCAAGCCCUUUACCAAGCCCAAUUCUGGGGAGACUACCCAAUGCUAGCCAAUCACUGCUUGCAUGGUGCAAGGAAGUAACAAAAACCUACCGAGGUGUUAAAAUAACCAAUUUCACUACUUCAUGGAGGAAUGGCUUGGCAUUCUGUGCAAUAUUACACUACUUUAGACAAGACUUGAUUGAGUACAAGUCUCUGAAUCCUCAAGAUAUUAAAGAAAACAACAAAAAGGCUUAUGAUGGCUUUGCCAGUAUAGGGAUUUCUCGCCUGCUGGAGCCCUCUGACAUGGUUUUACUAGCAAUUCCAGACAAGUUGACUGUUAUGACCUAUCUGUAUCAAAUCCGGGCACAUUUUAGUGGACAAGAGUUAAAUGUUGUCCAAAUUGAGGCGAACAGCAGUAAAAGCACAUAUAAAGUGGGCAACUAUGAGACUGAUACGAACAGUUCAAUUGACCAAGAUAAAUUUUAUGCAGAACUUAGUGAUAUAAAGCCGGAUGGUGUACAUGAACACAAGGAGGCAACAGCUACUGGGGCAGAUUUUGUAUCAAAUGAUGAUUCUUUGUUAGCUAAUGACAUUGGGAUAAGGGACCAUGAGGUCAAAUCCCAAGACUUAACCGAACAGUCCAACACAGAAAAGGUCUUGCCUACUCCCAGGACUAGAAGUCGCCUAGAGUUACAAAGCUCCAGUAGAACUUUGGAAUCUGAAGAACAGAGGAAAUAUGAUGGCACGUAUUCACCUCAUGUACAUGCCCAGCCAAUAGCUGCUAAAAGGAAGUUGCUUAAACCUGAUGUUGCAGAUUUUGGUGAUUUGUCUUCCAUUUCUCUUUCCAACAAGGAGAGUCCAUCUUCUGGCACCGUAUCUGGAGACUCCCAUCAGUAUAUUUCAUCAGAACAAUCAAAGGCUAGUGUAACCUCCCCAUUAGAAUGUAGGGGACUGGAUAAUGGGGCUUUAGAAAAAAAAACUUUCUUACCUCCUGUAAAACUUGGGGAUACAAAUGAAACAUUUGGAAUUGUUCCUACAAAAGGACCUUCUGUACCACAGACUGAAAUUAGUGCUCUAUUGGAUGCUACAAAGUCGGUUUCCAACCAUUCAGAUCAGGCUGGAAAGACACCUGAGCAGCGAAUGCUGUCCAGACAAGAAGAGCUGAAAGAACGGGCCCGGCUACUGCUAGAACAGGCCAGAAGAGAUGCUGCUCUGAAAGCAGGAAAUAAGCAGAGGAACAAUGUUACAGCUUCUACACGCACCAAGCAGCUAAGUGAACAGCAAGAUGAAGAGCGACGCCGGCAGCUAAGAGAGCGAGCACGUCAACUCAUAGCAGAAGCUCGAUCUGGAGUGAAGAUGUCAGAACUUCCCAGCUACAACGAGGUGUCUGCAGAAAAGUUAAAAGAAAAGGCAAAGACGUCUGGAGAUGAAAAUGAUUCUAACAAAGCACUUACUAACGAGGAGAGUCCAGAAUGCACCUUUGUAUGUGGUGGCGGUAGUGACUCUACUAACGCAGACACUGAUUUUUCUGCUGGACAAAGCGCCAACUCUGUGGACGUUAAGUUGAAGAGGAUACUAGAGUCCCAGCCACAGGUGGCAAACUCCCUGUCUAAUGCUGCUCAAAAAACAUCACCGGAAGCCUCCAACAGAGACUUUAAGAAUGGUACCGAUGAUUCUGCAGCAGACAGACAGCGCAAACCUUCAGAUCGUUUCAAAAACCCUGUUGUAAUCAAUAAAGACUUGGCUGUCAGGAAAAUUGAACUGGAAUCUUACAGUCAAUGGGUUGAAACAUGGCCAGACAUGAAAAGACAGAGAUCAAUGCAAGAAGACACAAAAAGAGGGAAUGAAGGAGCAGUGAUAACUGAGACCCAGAAGAAGCCCUCAGAAGAUGAAGUGCUAAAUAAAGGGUUCAAAGACACCAGUCAGUAUGUUGUUGGAGAAUUGGCAGCCCUAGAGAACGAGCAGAAUCAAAUUGACACCCGUGCCGCGCUGGUGGAGAACCGCCUCCGCUAUCUCAUGGACACAGGUCUGUACACAGAGGAAGAGGAGACACUGAUGCAGGAAUGGUUCAUGCUUGUGAACAAGAAAAAUGCCUUGAUUCGGAGAAUGAACCAGCUUUCCCUUCUGGAAAAAGAACAUGACCUAGAGAGACGAUUUGAGCUACUGAAUAGAGAGUUGCGAGCCAUGCUUGCGAUAGAAGAUUGGCAAAAAACUGAAGCCCAGAAGAGACGGGAGCAGCUUUUACUUGAUGAACUGGUUAUCCUGGUUAAUAAACGCGAUGCCUUGGUCAGAGACUUGGAUGCCCAAGAAAAGGAAGCUGAAGAAGAGGAGGAACACUUGGAAAGAACCCUGGAGCAGAACAAAGGCAAAAUGGCAAAGAAAGAAGAAAAGUGUGUGAUGCAGUGACCAAUGCUUUAAGGAGGACACCCCCAUAAUGUCCAGGCCCCCAUAAUGCCUUGUGCUUUUGGGAUUCUGUUAAUGACUGGAAGCCCUGUAGAAACUCUAUGGGAAGACUUUCAAGGAAUGUUCCAAAUAAACAUCACUAGUUUUUCUUUCUGUUUUUGGUUUAUUGCUCUAUGAUGUAUCAUUUUAACAGAACUUUGGUGUCAACGGAGGCCGCAAAAAACCUAUUCUCUCUAUAAAACUGCAUCAACACUGGUGGAAGUUUGAUGUCCAGGAGCCAGGCACAUGUGAAGUUCAGACAGACGCUAGUUACACCUAGAGGGGGCGACUUGACCACCUGUUGUAUGUGGGCUUACCGGCUGCUCCAAGCAGCAUCUCUUCCAUUUUCAGCUGCAAAGCAAAAUAUGACUGCAAGGAGGGACUUGCUUGUAGCUGAAAUUUCCUUUUAUUGAGCUAUGCUGGAGAACUGCGUGCAUCUCCAUCAAUGUAUUCAUCUAGUCCUGCCAUUUUAUAAAAAAAAAAAAAUAUGUAAGCUACCUACAUUUUAAUUUGAAUGG